UGACGUUGAGUUUCUGCGCAAGCGCUAUCAGAGAUUUGUUUUUCUCCGCGGCUGCUAGUGGAGAGAGAAACAUGGCGACGUCCCUGAUUUGCGGCCGGUUGUCCGCUGGACUAAGGAAUUCCGGGUCCAGGACAACUCUAAGCUCAGCAGCUAAGGUCCUCGGUGGAGCCACAGGUCUGCUCGCUGGACAUGGCGCCCAGCAGCCCCCCCUGGCUAUGCAGCAGCAGCAGAGGCACCUGUCGCUGCAUGAGUACCUGAGCAUCGGGCUCCUGAAGGAGGCUGGCAUAGCCGUGCCCGCUGGCAUGGUGGCCAGCACACCUGACGAAGCCUACUCGGUUGCCAAGCAGAUUGGCUCUAAGGACUUGGUGGUGAAGGCUCAGGUGCUGGCUGGGGGCAGAGGAAAAGGCUCAUUUGAGGGCGGACUGAAGGGGGGAGUGAGGAUUGUUUUCUCUCCCGAGGAGGCUCGGGACAUCUCCUCUCAGAUGAUUGGCAAGAAGCUCUUCACCAAACAGACGGGGGAGGCAGGUCGCAUCUGCAACCAGGUGUUCAUCUGUGAGCGCCGCUACCCCCGCAGGGAGUACUACUUUGCCAUCACCAUGGAGAGGUCCUACCAGGGUCCCGUGCUGAUCGGCAGUUCUCAGGGAGGCGUGAACAUUGAGGAUGUGGCAGCAGAGAACCCUGAUGCCAUCGUCAAGGAGCCCAUCGACAUCAUCGAGGGCAUAAAGAAGGAGCAGGCUGUCCGGUUGGCUCAGAAGAUGGGUUUUCCAAAAGCUCUGAUUGACGAGGCAGCAGAAAACAUCAUUAAACUGUACAAUGUUUUUAUCAAAUACGAUGCCUCCAUGGUGGAGAUCAACCCAAUGGUGGAGGACGCCUCAGGCACGGUGAUGUGCAUGGACGCCAAGAUCAACUUUGACUCAAACGCAGAAUAUCGCCAGAAGAAGGUGUUCGACAUGCAGGACUGGUCUCAGGAAGACCCACGUGACCGACAGGCGGCGCUGGCCGACCUCAACUAUAUCGGCCUGGACGGCACCAUUGGCUGCCUUGUCAACGGAGCAGGUUUGGCCAUGGCCACCAUGGACAUCAUCAAGCUCCACGGUGGCACCCCCGCCAACUUCCUGGAUGUGGGCGGCGGAGCCACAGCGCACCAAGUGACAGAAGCCUUCAAGCUCAUCACCUCCGAUAAAAAGGUCCAGGCCAUCUUGGUGAACAUCUUUGGAGGAAUCAUGAGAUGUGAUGUCAUUGCUCAGGGCAUCAUCAUGGCUGUCACUGACCUGGAGCUGAGGAUCCCCAUUGUGGUACGGUUACAAGGGACGAGAGUGGAUGAUGCUAAAGCUCUGAUUGCUGCCAGCCCUCUGAAGAUCUUGGCCUGUGAUGAUCUGGAUGAGGCCGCUAAGAUGGUCGUUAAGCUUUCUGAAAUCGUAUCAUUGGCCAAAGAGGCCCAGGUGGAUGUCAAGUUCCAGCUGCCCAUCUAAAGCCACACCCUCUUCCUACCCCGGACAUAUUCAUUGACACACACACACACACGCACACUCACACACCAUUUUGAAACCACACCCCUUGGGCCUCGCAAGCUCUCUGUUGAUCCACACCCCUGACCGCUGCACAGUACCUGUCGCUAUCAUUUCGAGUCCAGCUACUUAAAUGUUAUACCCUUAACUUUCCCCUCCCUUACCCGCUUCAAUGCUUCCAAAGAUAUCUUCAUAGCCUACCCCUCAUUGUAAGACUUGACCCUGUGGACUCCUUGUCUUGUCUCAAUUCAUCUUCCAACCCUCAUCCCAACUGAUGGCAUAUUAGAUCGGUUCAUUUGUUACUUGUGUCGGAUUUGGCGACGUCUUUUGUUUUCCUCAUUUGUUGUUGUGUUUGUUUUUAAUUUGUUUUUUCUUUUUUUUUUUUUUUUUCGAUGAGAAGGAGCUAUUUAUGCGGGACUAUUUAUAUUCAUGACCAGGGAGGAGGCCAAGCUGUUCUAAGCAAUGUCAAUGACACUGGUUCUGCUGCCUGUCACAAGGUGUUUCAUUAAAAUCCUUCCCCUCUACCCCGGCUUGGCUUUCGCUUGAGAGUCUACGUCCCAUUUGUUUCUCAUAGAGCACUAUUUAAUGACGCACAACCCCCAUGCCCCUUCCCCCUUUCUCUCACCUUGCUCCUCUGAAUCUUAUGGAUGUCUGAUUUCAUUUUAUCAUGUUGCAGGAUUUUAUUAGUUUCGGUUCUUCUGUAUUUUAGGGGGGAUUGAACCUGCACUUACCAGAGCUGCUUUUUUUCUGAAUAGUACAUCCUCUUUGGAGUCUUAAGUGUUAUUUGUUUUGGGUCCCGGGGUCACAGGCAAGGGGCAGUGUUUAUUUUGUUCAGAUGUAAGGAAGAAUGACUGUGGCCCUGUUGCUGAAGUUACAUGCACAAAUACAACAUCCAAUAAACCCUGAAACACCAGCCCAGUGAAGAGUGCCUUGGUGGGAGAUGAGACCAGAGGGUAUGGUGGGGUGGGGAAGGUUUAGAGGGGUGUUAUUCAGGAGACGAUGCGUCCAUCUGUCCUUCUCUGGCGCAGAAAGGCAAACACACUUGGAUUGUACGAAGCAGCUCUAGUGAACUGGGCUCUGAUUUGUAUGUGUACUGACAUUGGAGGAUUGCAGGCCAGGGGAAACGGGAUCCACAAUCACAGCCCCGAUGCUGAAUGGGAGCAUCUUUUUUUCUUGUCUGGUGUUACUGGAAAUAAACAAAUCCUCUGACAGAAUGAUUGUUGAAGAAGAUCCCCUCAAUUGACCUAUAUAUAGUUUGCCCUGUCAAUAUUAAAAUAAACCCAAGCAUUAUGUCUGUUAACAGAUA